GGAAAGAAAUUAAAGCUGUUCUGCACACACAGGUCGACACUCACAAAUUAGUCCCGUACGAAUAGGUUCAGGAUUAAUUAUACUAUUUUAAUGCCUUCUUUACCGGUCAUAAUCGCCCUGAGAAAAGCAUUGCUUAAAAAAUAAAUUGCCAAUAUCGAAAUUCCUAUAAACUUUACUAGAUGACGAGCGGUAUGCAAAAAGAUUAUAUCUAAAUGUAUAGCAACUUUAUUCGUCUCCAUGUGUUUGUUUCUCUACGGUAAUUUUUCGUCCCGUGCGUCUGUGCGGUUAAAGUUUCGAGCAAGACCUUCAGAUAGUAGAAACGCAUAAUAAAAUUAGAGAGAGAGAGGGGAUUAAUAAAGUUUUGUACUCUCUCUUUCACUCUCCAUAUCUCUUCUUCCUUUACCUCACCCCUCUGUGAUGAGAAAAGAGAUACAUGUUAAUUGUGUUCCAUCUACUAACAUAGUGUUUUCUAGGAGUAAAAAUAAUUGCUCAAUUUGUGAAUAAAAUUUAAAGGAGACAUUAAAGGGCUGAACCAAUAAUUAGUUAUAGACUUUACUGACUUAUUAAAAACUAUAAAUAAAAAUAAUCGAACUAUAAAGAGUAUAAACUUGUUCAAUAAGAAUUUUAUUAACAAAUAUAAAAUUACAUAAAAUACCCUAAUGAUGCUAGUUUCCUUAGGUAACCAAAAGAGGUCGCAUAUAUAGCCGUUGGAGAACAACGUUCCUCGAAAUAGAAAUUGAUUAAAAAUUAUCUGAAGUCCACAAUGCUGCAACAAAUUGCAUGGUGGUAGCCUCGAAACGAAUGGUGGUCUUUACACAGCAAAAAGCAAAGACAUUGAUGCUUAGUUCGUCUCAAUUUGAUGAACAGAACAUGUACAUUGAUUGUUGAAUGUCUUACGGGUGCCUGACAUUUUGGAGGAGGAUGACACUAGCACUGGUCCUCAAACCAAGCCAUUGUAUUCAAAUCUCCACUGUCUGUCUUUCCUUCUCCUGGUGAAAGGUUUACUCUGGCGCUGUCCUUUAUAUCAAUGGAAGUCUAAAUAUCUUCGUCCUAAGCUAAAGGUAAGAAAAAAUAAUAGUGAAAUAUCCUAGCUAAAUGCAUCUCUCCAUCACGCAUAUUGCUAAUCAACAGUCAACAAUAACAAGCAUAUACAUACUCAUCACAAACGAACACGGAGACAAGCAAGCAGGAGUGUGUGUGUGUCAUUGCAGAAGCAAAACAACUUUUAUGACCGCGCUUUGCUUUCAUAAAUAUAAAAUGACAUUCUCGUCAGUUCAAAACACUUUCGACAAAGAAAAAUGCUUAUAUAAAAAAAAAAAAAGCAGUCGAGCGAGCUGUCUGGCCAUUAUAAAGUGCACCACCCUCACCUCCGCCUCCAGGUCUUUUUUCUAGAAACGGGAUCGGGAAAGUCCGUUGCUGGUUGUGUCACGCCAUCUGUCAACGACACUGCGACCUGCCGUGUGUGCGCCAUAUUUCACACCACCUUUCCAAUCCAUUUCUUCCGACUAAAUAUUUCUGUCUGCCUCGCCCUUAGGUGGUGUCCGUCGUGCAGGGAUGAAGAUACCGUACAGCGGACUGCUGACAGUUAUUCACUAACGAGAUGGUGGAGACUGAUAUCACCGUACAGAUGUGGAAAAAACUUCACUAAAUUGGACAAAACGUUUGCAACACCAUCAUUUAAAGACAUUGUCAAACGAAUGAUUUCUCUGUGAGAAUCGUUUCUUCCUGUCCCAGAUUAUCUUUGAAGUGCUGUACAAAAGAUUUUAACAGAGGAGAUGUCUUUCAGGCCGGACAUCAAGCUGAUUCUACUGGGCGACUCCAACGUGGGCAAAACGUCACUUGUGACGCGGUACACACAGGAUCACUUUACCGGCUGCACUGACGUGACAAUAGGCAGUGCGUUCAGCCUUCGGGAGUGGAACAACUGCACCAUUGCAAUAUGGGACACUGCUGGAUCUGAAAUGUUCAACAGUAUACCAACCUUUCACUGUCGUGGCGCCGGAGCUGCCAUCCUCGCCUUUGACAUCAACUCGAUAAAAUCUUUCGAUGACCUCAGUCGUCGUUUUGAACCAAUGCUCAAAGAACACGCUCUCAGGAGUGUCUCCGCGUUGUCGUGGCAACCAAAUGCGAUCUCGUGGACACCAGCCCUGCCAUCAGCCGCUCCACCGCCGAGAACCUGGCGGCCGGCCUCAACCGUCACCUUGACCUCAGGAGCAUGACGACCUUGCCCUACUUCGAGACGUCCAGCAAGACGGGAAGAGGAGUGAGCGAGGUGUUCGAGUUUGUCUUCCAGCAUUGCCUGGCCAACCGGUCCUCUGACUCCCUGCAUGUGCCGGAUGCUGACAGCUUCAUGUUGUCUGCCGAGUCCCAGCAGGAGAAAUCACGUGCCUCGCGAGGUAAAUGCUGUUCCUAACUACUGCACGUGUCGUGUGGUGACGUCAGUAGAACGAGGGCUGUAACAGUAUUGUGGUGUAGCAGCAGUUCAAAGGAUGGAUGUUGGAGGAUUGUUCCUGUUUUGAUACAACAAACAAUGAACAGAGUCGGUGAUUGAAGCAUGAACGUGGAAGUUGAAGAUUCUUUAUCUUACUUUUUUACAAAAGCUUAUAAACAGUCUCUUGGAGGUAAGCGGCUGCCCCAAGAAUUCUGUAUUAUGUUUAUACAAGCCUUCGCAUCAUCAGUGGACGCGUCUCUUCGAUCCCAUGAUUCCAUGAGCCUCCUGUUGUGACAAUCGGCUACGUCAUGUCAUUAUCAUCCGCAUGACAACUAGUUGAGACUAAAUUUACAUCCAUCCAUUAGAAGCAAACAUUUGUUUUCCUUAUCUUGAGAUUAUAAUACUUGAUGAAAUGAUCUGUAUGUCUGAGUGUGUAAGUGAGUGUGUACAAGCACAUAUUCAUUACAAGUUCAUGAUGUGUGUUCAGUUGUGAGUUGUACUGUGUCCUUUGGUAAGGCGCCUGGCUUUAAUGAAAGUGUUUUAUGAAUUUAUACUUGCGAGUGUGCGCGUGUUCGCGUGUGUGUGUGUUUUAAAAUCCAAAUUUGUAUGAACUUAUUUGUUUGCAUAUGCGUAAGUGCGCACGUAUGCGUGUGGACUAGAAAUAAAAUGCAUGUGUAUCAAAGUGUGUGCAAGAACUAAGUCUGUAUAACAUCUAAAACUAAUACACAAAAUAAUACACAAAGCUGGACGAAGUCGCUAACUGUCAUCAGACAAACUGAACUAACAAACAUAUGUGUAAACAAUGUAUAAUGACUAACGUGUGUAAAAAUUAAAGUUGUCAUCAUCGCU